AUGUUAAGAACGAUCAAGCGCAGCUAUACAAAAUUCAAUCCGGAGUUUUUUAAACCCAUGGCAGGCUCUGGUGAGGCAAUCUCAAGUCCAAAAUUUCCGAUGUCGACUUCAACUUCGCAGGACGAAAUGAAGCAUUUUAGCGACUUGGCACCCUCUUGGUGGGACGUUUCGGGUCCUCAACGAAUUUUGCAUAAAAUGAAUCUAGCACGCAUGGAUUUCAUCCAAAAAACUCUAAGAGAACAAUAUACUGCGGGACCUGAGACGUAUGUACCGGGUUUCAACUACAAAGCGUUUCUACCAAGGCAAAUCGCUAAGGCCAUCGAAAACGAGCUCGACCAAGACAUACACAGCCAGCUUUAUGGUCAAAAAUUGGAAGUUCUGGACAUUGGCUGCGGUGGGGGCAUCUUGGCAGAAUCAUUGGCACGUAUGCCGUUCGUGUCGAAGGUAAAGGGCAUCGAUUUGACGCCAGAGUGUAUUGAGAUUGCCGAGUCUCAUGCUCUGAAAGAUCCGUCCUUGACUGGCAAACUCGCGUACGAAGUCCAGUCUCUUGAGGAAGUUGCAGGCUCGUACGACCUGGUGACGUGCCUUGAGAUGUUGGAACAUGUGGACCAUCCUAGCGAAAUUUUAAGACAUGCAUGGAGCAGACUUAAGGAGGGCGGGAUCCUUGUCGUGAGCACCAUCAACAGAGAUCCUAUUUCGUGGUUCACUACUAUCUUCGUGGCAGAACAAGUGCUCAAACUUGUCCCUCGCGGGACUCAUCAUGUUUCAAAAUACAUAAAUUCUGAGGAAAUCAAACAAUGGUUUCAAGAAGAGUGCAGCGGGCAGCACCAGGUCUUAAACUGCAAGGGUGCCAUGUAUGUGCCGCUAUCCGGCUGGUCAGAGCACGAUUACUCCGGGGUCGGCAACUAUUUCAUGGCAAUCAAGAAGGUAGCUGAGUGA